CCAAAAUGGCAGCGCUCGGGGGUGAGACUGGUUCUGAAUUGAGGGAUGUAGGCGUGGUGCCUGUGAGAGCUGGGAAAGCGCCCAAGGAAACUCAACAUAAUCUCCAAAACAAGCCCAUGCUUUUAUGAGCAACAGAGGAUAGAGACAGUUGUCAACAUGCAGCUACUGAUUUCCACUCCCCACCUGAAAAGCUGGAGAAAGGAACAUUAGAAAGGGCCUGGCUAUCUUCUUGGAAUGGCUAGAGAGGAAAACUGUAAGGAGAAUAAAAACUCAGUAUCUCAGUAAAUUAUCCACCUACACCAACUCCUAAGGAUAUCCAGAUGGCAACAUAUAUGCAUGGUCAGCCCAGUCCUUCUCUGGGAGAUGCAAAACUCAGAAGAUCAACAGUCAUUGAAAUGAUAGAAAAAAAAAUUGAAUAUCUAAGAAAAGAAAAGACCUUAAAUAUAUAUGGAACAGUGUUCUUUGGAACAACAGCUGGUUUUUCAGGAAUACUGGCAAAUUUCAUUUUCAGACACUGCUUCAGAGUUAACCAUGAUGCUUUGAAGACAUAUGCAUCAUUGACUACACUUCCAUUUUUGUCUACUAUAGUUACUUAUAAGCUCUUUGUAACUGAUGCUUUGAAUUCAGGUAAUAUAAGCCAAGAGAAUUGUGUUCUGAGAAGUUCACUGGUUGGCAUAGUAUGUGGUGUUUUAUAUCCCAGUGCCUUGGCUUUUUCUAAAACUGGACGUCUGGCAGUCAAGUAUCAUACUGUUCCACUGCCACCAAAAGGGAGGAUUUUACUCCAUUGGCUGCUGCUUUGUCAAACAGAAGUGAAAGCAAUGAUGAUUCCUCUAGUCUUUCAGACAGUCAUUGGAAUACUUAAUGGUCUGCAACAUUAUGCAGUAUUUGAAAGUACACUUGAGAAAACUGCACAUGAAGAUUAACCAAAAAAUGAAUGGAUACUAAACCAACAGAAUAGAUUUUUUAUGAUGAGACUAGGACAUUGCUGAAAGAGUUAAAAGUAACUGGAGAGACAACUUGUUUUUGUCUCUUCUGCCUUGUAUCUAGCAGAUACUAAAUAUUCAGUAAUUCAAUAUAUAAAUGUUAAGUUUCAUCUUUCUUUCUUCAUCGUAUAUGGAAAUGAGUUUGGGGCCUCAAGGUAUGAUCUAUACAUUUAUAUAUUCAUUCAUUCAUCAAACAUAUAUUGAAUAUUUUCUACGUCUCAGGCACCGUGUUAUAACUAAUAAGAAAUGGUCCUUACCCAGAAGGAACUUGCAAUUAGAAAGCAAUAUGAAAUGUGAACACAUAGAAUGAGAGCGUUUUAGAGGUAGUCACAUAAUUUUUAUUGGAGCAUUAGGGUGUGGUUGUUAACUACUUAGGCAGAAGUGUGGGUAUGGGGCAAAAAUGAUAUUUGGGCUAAAUUUUGUAGAAGAUGUAAGUUCAUAAGAAAGCAAGGAAUGGAAGUAACUUAUAGCCCAUUCCUCUAUUCUAACCUCUGUGAACCAAUAUACUUAGUAGCUUCUUAUCUUCUAUAAAUUGUCUUCACUGUGAUGUUUAAAGAACAUUUAUUGAGUGCCUAUUUGCCAUGCAUUAAAUUAGGCACCAGAAGUACAAAGGUUCAGUCCCUGCCAAGAAACUUAAAAAGAAAGCUCACACUUGGAGUCUGCUAGGUAAUCACUGAGCUAUGCAGAAAUGAACACUGUCUGACAAUAAAAAUAAUUUACAGAAUCAAUUUCCAUAGCUCGAUUUCCCUAUUCUAACCAUAUUCAUCUUGAGGUUAAAGAUUUUGUUAUCUGAGGCCCCAAGCAAUCCAAAGCAGAAGUGGAAGUCAAUAAGAUGCUUUAUGGCAUCACACAUAAUGAGCUGAAGAACAUGCCCUCUUUUGCUAAUCAAAAAAGAUGGUUAGUUUUAUCAGGAUAAUUCAUGAUACCUGAAACUGUCAGGAGGAAAGGGCAAGUGACUGGAGGAACCAAGUAAAAAAGUUAACUAGACUGAUGGUUUUCAUAUUGUAACUUGUUUACUUUCAUGAACUUUUGUCCAUGUCUUUGGCCCAUUUAAUUUGUAGUAAUUCCAUAAAAUCUGAAUGUUUUAGUUCCUUAUAUCCUGAGUUAGUAGUCUGGGAGAAGGUUGAUUUAUUUCAAUUUCAAUUCCCCUGAAUGCUGAAGACAGUUGUACCUCAUUCCAUGACUUCAAAUGAUCUUUUUCUGCAAUAGAAAAAGCAGGCAAGACAUAUUACCCUAAUACCAACAACAGCACCAGAAAGGACAACUAUAGACCGGUGUCCCUAACAAGUACACGUUCAAAUAUCCUUAACAAAAUGUCAGGAAACUCAAUCCAGCAGCAUAUCAAAGAUUAUUAUACACCAUGAUUAAUUGCAAUCUGAAAUAUAUACCCAGGAGAAUUGAAAACAAAGUUGUGCACAAAUAUUUACAGCAGCAAUUGUCACAAUAGCCAGAAAGUGGAAACAACUAACAUGUCUAUUAACUAAUGAUAAACAAAAUAUGACAGCCAUAAAAAGGGAUAUUAUUCUCCAUAAAUAGGAAUGAUUUACUAAUACAUGCUACAACUUGGUACCUUGAAAACAUAAUGUUAUAUGAAAGAAACUAGCUACACUGUAGGAUUCCAUUCAUAUGACCUGUCCAGAAUAGGUAAAUCCACAGUCACUUAGAUAAGUAGUUGUCAUGGACUGGGGAAAAGGGUAAUGGGACAUGACUGCUUGAUGUGUAUGGAGUUCCUUUCUGGGGUGAUGAAAAUGUUCUGUAAUUAGUGAUGGCUGUACAACAUUGAGGAUUUGCUGGAAGUCACUGAAUUAUAUACUUCAAAAUAUUUAAAAUGGUGUAUUUUAUGUUAAGUGAAUUUUACCUCAAAAAGAAAUUGUUUCUUCAAAAAAAAGAAAGAAGAGGAGAGGAGA